AUGAAUGAACGAGGGAACACAAUCCAGCAAAGCCUGCAGGGGAUUUUGGACACUGCAUCGGACCGACCUCGCCAUCUUCCCCGAGGUUCCUACGGCAUAGGCAAGGCGGGCGGGAAGACUAGCGAGGUCAACACCAUAGGCUGGGAGGGCGACUGGACCACUAUGUUAUACCUUGGUGCUGGUCUUGGAGCAAUCAUCCUCUUCCUGUCCAUCUCUGUUUGCUGCGUGCAGCGGCAGUGGAAACUGGAGAGAAUACAGAGGGCCCAGAUCGAGGCUGCUUCCGGUGCGAUGGUUCCCGUGUGGGAUUAUGGGGUUCCGGUUGUCCUGAAGGCUCCCGUCAUGCCCUACAGAGCGAUCCAGCCAAUGAGAUACUACAACGGGCACCGCAGGGAGCAAGUUAUUGUAUAGCUCUUCAAACAUAAGCGUUUUUUCGCCAAAGUUAUACAAACGAGCUCCAACGGGGCUAUAUCCAUUGUAAGUACGUAUUCCUGUAGCUACUCCAAUGUCUUGACUAGAAAACGCAGUAGUAAGAUUUUACAAUCAAAGUUUUAGCAUAAUUUUGCAAGAAAAUUUAGCCUAUAGCUAGAUAUCCUUUAUUUUAAUGGCUCAUACAAGACUCGAGUGCACUAGAAAAUCUCAAGCACACUUCGACUACACUUUGGAUACAGUAAAA